GCAUUGCUCGUACGGUCGUCAUUAUUCCCUAAAACAUUGAAAUCCAAACCCAUAUCCAAAUAAAAUAUAUAAAUUCGUUUUCUUUUUGCGGAAUUUUUAUUUCAGUUCCCAAAAUUUUCUGCAUUAUCGUCAUCACCCGUAGAGGAUUUCGAGGAGCUAUCAACUGGCCAACAAAGAACAAUACCAAGUCCUCCUUCAUCCCUAACCAUUUGAUUGCUUGGGCCUUGGAGAAGCAGAAACAAAUUACUUAAUGGCUCCCACAUUCGGCAAAUGUUUCACGUUCUGCUGUGCAAAGACCUCUCCCGAAGGAGACGAAAUGGCCACGGAAUCUUACGAAGCCGCCAUCAAAGGACUUAAUGAUCUUCUCAGUAAGAAAACAGAUCUGGGGAACGUCGCCGCGGAGAAGAUCAAAGUGUUGACGCAGGAGCUCAAGGAGCUUGAUUCCUCCAACAACGACGCCGUUGAACGAAUCAAAUCCGGUUUCACCCACUUCAAAACCGAAAAAUACUUGAAGAAUGAUGCACUGUUCAGUGAUCUCGCCAAGGGUCAGAGCCCAAAGUUUCUGGUAUUCGCUUGUUCGGAUUCUCGAGUUUGUCCAUCUCACAUUUUGAAUUUCCAACCUGGUGAGGCCUUUGUCGUCAGAAACAUUGCUAACAUGGUUCCACCUUUCGACCAGAAGAGACAUUCUGGAGUUGGUGCCGCCGUUGAAUACGCAGUUGUACAUCUCAAGGUGGAGAACAUUGUGGUGAUAGGCCAUAGCUGUUGUGGUGGUAUCAAGGGACUCAUGUCCAUUGAAGAUGAUGCUGCACCAACUCAGAGUGACUUCAUAGAGAACUGGGUGAAGAUAGGUGCACCAGCAAGGAACAAGAUCAAGGAAGAAAAUCAAGACCUAAGCUACGACGAUCAAUGCAACAAGUGUGAGAAGGAAGCUGUGAAUGUGUCGCUUGGGAACUUGCUUUCGUACCCAUUUGUGAGAGCUGCAGUAGUGAAGAACACACUUGCUAUAAGAGGAGCUCACUACAAUUUCGUCAAAGGAACAUUUGAUCUUUGGGAGCUCGAUUUCAAGACCACCCCUGCUUAUGCCUUCUCUUGAACAUAAUACUCUUUGCAAUUUUUUCUCGCAAAAAGCCUUUGACUCGUCUUCCUUUUCCUCUUUCUCAUGUUGAUUCUGGUCUCAACUUCUUUCAACUUUUGCUGCUUCUGUUUCGAAAAGAUGUAAACAAUAAUACUAUGAACAACAUUUGAAUCUUUUUUUUAAUUCCAAUCAAGAAAUACCCAUAAUAUGGGGUUUAUGUA